GGUUCCUGGUUAGCUAGCUGUGACAUUGAUCUCUGACUCUAAAGUUCCAUUCCACUCUGUCCAUUUCUUUCUCUGUCAGUCAGUUACGUCUAAGGUCGUCAUGGCAACUCUCCUGUCCUGGGACCUGGUGUCUGUGGUCAUCAUGCUGUUCCUUGUCUGUACAGAGUCAGUAGGUGACCCAACAAAAUAUCAGAAAAAUAUAUCAGCUUCUUUGGGAGAAAUUGUUACUUUGGUGUGCAACAACUCCGUGACGAAUGCAUCAUACAUCUGGAAAAAGGACACAGUUCUCAUUUUCUCUCAUAGUGGCAUACGGAAUAAAACUGAAAGAAAAUUCACCUCUGACAGGAUGAGUGUUGAUCCGCCUACAAAGCUGACUAUCUUUAAUGUAGAGUUAAAUGACACAGGGAACUACGGCUGUCAAGUAACAGAUGAUCAAAGUGGUGUACGGACAAUGGUGUGGAAUUUGACCAUCACUAAUAACCUCACAGAUAAUGCUGAACAUAGCCUACAGAGGUUAUUGCUCUUCACAAUUCCUUCUGCUAUUGGAGGAGUGAUUCUCUGCAUUAACAUCUGCUGUAUGGUCUGGCUGUGUAGGAAACGAAAACAGGAACAGAUAAGUCUUUGUGAUAGGCAAGGAGAGGUGCAGCAGGAAUGCAAUGAGGAGGUGAUUUAUGAAAACUGUCUAGCAACGGAUGCUGAACAACACUGUCAACAUGGACCCACAACACUGAGAGAAAAGGAGGCAGAGUAAACAGGAGGAGAACAGAGAGGCGACUGAAGGGUGGAGGUGUGGGUGCAGCAGGAAUGCAAAGAGGAGGUGUUUUAUAAAAACUGUCUAGCAACGGAUGCUGCACAACACUGUCAACAUGGACCCACAACACUGAGAGAAAAGGAGGCAGAGUAAACAGGAGGAGAACAGAGAGGCGACUGAAGGGUGGAGGUGUGGGGUGAGAGAAUGUACAGCACUUCUAUUUCAGGCAUUGACCACCUGAUAACAACAGUGCUGAGUUGAUGGAAAUAUAUGGACGUCAUUUGUACCAGAGCAUGAGCAACAGAUACACCUCUGUGCUAUAUAGGCAGAAUGUGGUGCUCAGGGUUAAGGGCUGGCGAGCCUGCUGUGGGCUAGGAUUUGCAGAGAAGAUGAAAAGCUAAGGCUUGUUUACAGAAAAACAACAAGCCCAUGGGAUUUUAUUUAUGGAUCAAAUGCAAUAUAUCUCAGUUGUUUCUAGAUAGCAGUGUCCCUGCCUUGUUUUUUUAUUCAGAAGAACAUUCAAAUAAUCUAUCCACCCAGUUGAUGUGUGUCCAGGCCCUGAAAUAGACAUAAAGCAAUAAGAAGACCUUGUAAUUGGGUGUAAGGAACUAGAUCUACAUAAUAACAUGUAUAUUAUGAAUAACAACAUGAGUAAAGGACAACUACAGUAAUGUGUACAUAUAUAGAGAAACACGCACACUGCAGAAUGACAUCUCAAGACCGCUGGUCACACCAUGAUGGGAGAAAGACGACGUGGUAUAGAGAGGGCUGGGAAAGAGUUGGUGCAUGUGUUAAACUCUUAAAUAAACAUUGUUUUUCAAUACACGUGCAAAUAGAAAAUCGUUACAUUUCUUGCACUUGGUAAAUAGAUCACCAUUAAUUAAAAACAUAAACUGUUAUCAUUAUUUACAGUAUUCACAGCAGUACAACUGCUCUUGCCUUCUCUCUCCUUUGUGUACUAAGAAAGUAGUGAGCAGAGGGACACAGCUGAACGCUUCACAGCCAUAAAGCCAUGUGAAUGAGUUAGAGGCAUUCCCAUGCUCUACUGAUCUCUGCCGUUUCCAUAGGGAUGACGUCACGGGACUUUCCAUCACAGCCACUAGUCCAUAUUAGAUUACAUGGGUUCAGUUCUCAGAGUAACAGCAUAAUAAUCAAGUUAGGAACCUGGCCAGAGGCUUAGCUACUAGAAUUCAGUUAAGAAUCUGGUGUAGAGGGCAGAGGCUUGUAAACAGUGACUUCUUUGAGAGAAAUAAGACAGCUUUUUUAGUUUGUGCACUCUUUUUAGUUUGUAGGGGGAAGUUUGGUGUUUGGUUUUAUUUAGCUCACUCAUCUCUCAUUUCCCUUUUAUGGCCGCAAUAGGACUUCCUUGUUAAACAAAAGUCAGUAUGUGUGAAUAAAACCAACACAAAGAAAUGUACAAACUAGUACUGUAGACACACACCAACCACUACCACUCCUCAACCCACACACGUCUCUUCUUGUUGAUAAAAAGGCAGGUGUUAAUACUAGGUUCAUUUUUAUGAAUGUUUUUAACAUAAAGCCAUGUGAAUGAGGCUCCCUUUUCUGGCCUCAAUGGGACUUCCUAGUUAAAUAAAGGUUAAAUACAAAUAUUAUAAAUUUUUUCAUCAAUCUCUCUGUAUCAUCCCUCUGUCACUGGUUACACAUCCCAAAGGGAAACCCCCCCAUCUCCGGGGAACAGAGUCAUGUGAGGGAGUCAUGUUGUUGCUGUAUAUGCACUGUACUGUUGAAUUCAAUGUGUUUUUUUUGUAUUUACUGCUGAUCCUUCUUGGCCAGGUCUCCCUUUUCUGGCCUCAAUGGGUCUUCCUAGUUAAAUAAAGGUUAAAUAACAUUUGUAUAAAUCUAGCAAUUCUUUACAUAC